AGCGAAACAGUUUUGACAGCGAACGUGAGGAAAAGUCGUGCUCGGAUCGAUAGUCCAGAAAAUUUUCCAAUUUUCGCAUGAAAAUCUCCACCCAAUCGUCCGGGAAAGCCACGAGAUGAACCGUUCGCAGGUGGCCAACCUGCUGGAGGAGUUGAAAAAGUCCCCGGACAAAGCCACCGUCUACCGGAGACUAGUGCGCGUUCGGACGGAGGUCAUCAACACGGAAGCUGGAACGCAGCACUUUUUCGCCCUGGAUGGAAUCCGACUGCUGGUGGGCCUGCUGGCCAAACCGUACGAGAAGGUGCUGGAAGUGGUCCUCAGCAUCCUCGGGAACUGCUGCAUGCGCAAGGAGUGUGCCAAACAGGCUUUUGAGGAAGGAAUAUUGGCGCCGCUCAUUUCCAUCAUAGCCAACAUUCCGAAUCCGGCAAUUCAGUGUCGUGGUUGUCGUUUGCUGGGGAAUCUAGCGCAAUUCCCGGUAAUCACACAUGCCAUCGGUAAGGACAAUAGCAAUAAUACGACGUACGCCCUGACGUCGAUUUUAACUGAUUCGAACAACACUGCCGUCCUGAUAAUGUCUAUCCGGGCCGUUCGACAACUGUGGAAUGAGAAAACCGUUCGCAAUCUGAUGAUUGGCCAGGGUUGCAUCAAAAAGAUUGUCGAUUUGCUGGUCAAGUUUGCGCGAAACGAAGCCAAGGCAUUGGAAGAUGUGGAAUGUCGCGCCUCGGGGGAAACAUUAGGGGAAGAGACGGAAAAGGUCGUAAUCAAGCGAUUGCACGCCCCAGAUCGGACCAUUACGAAGGAGAAGUUCAAGAACAUUGUGCGACAUAUGGAGAACAGUCACCAUUGUGAUAUUGUAGGAUAUCAGUUGAUCAAGAGCUACCGUUGGAAAGAUUCCCAGGAUUUCAAAAUGCCAGAAGCGAAGGAAACGGUAGAACUGUUCACCGGGAUCUUGAAGUGUCUGCAAACCAUAACGUCCACGAUCACUGCUCAGGUGGCCGAGGAGCUGUACGGCGAGCAGGGUUGCGGCAUUAAAUGCUUAGUAUUUCUGUGCUCCGAAAGUAGUCAAUUUCGAACGUUGGCAUUGAAAAUAGUUUACCACCUAGCUUCCAAUCCGGAUGCGAUUGGAAAAUUGACUGCCUGUGAUGUGAUAACGAUGGCUUCCGAUCUAAUCAUGCACGCCAAUUUGGACGAUUCGGAAAAGCGCUAUUGCACCAGUGUUAUAUGUCUGCUUGCCAAGGAAGCUUGUAACCGUGGUCACAUCCGGCGCAGUGGUGCUUUACAAGCUUUAAUGAAACUAGCCAAGCAGUGCAAAGAGAAGAACGAACUUAGCAUAAUACUAUACGCCCUGUAUCAGUACCGAUUUGAUAAUCUUAGCUACGAAAUUCUGCUCAACAAUGGUCUGGUCAGCUUCCUGGUGGGAGUCCUUAACAAUAUCAUAGCCGAGAAAGAAGUGCAUCACAUCAAACACGAUGACGAGGAAACCAUGAACACCAGCGUUUUCUCGAAGCGGAAAUCCAGCAGCCAAAAAGCAAAACUCAAACGAAGUGAUGAAUUGUUUAAUUUCAAAAGCUCCAGUUAUUACCGACAUUCGAAGGUAGCCAAAAUUGAUCCAUACGGUUCGGCACCGGAAUCGCCGGAAAGUGGCAGCAGUGGUUAUGCUAGCACCAGCUACAAUGGCGUUCGAAAUCCCUCCAGUAGCAGUUCUAGUCCUGCUCGAACUGACGAGAUUGACGACUUCGAUGAAGACGAUAUCUAUUCACCUGUGUGUAGCGACACCGAAGAAGACCCAGAGACGGUAGUUGCAAAUGCGGUAGAAAGGGUUGCCCCUGAACCAGAUACGAUUGACGAAAACACCGAGGAUGCAAAGACCAGUAGCGAUUUCGACAUCCUGGCCUAUCUAUACGAUGACAACUCAAACACAAAUCUAAUGUCCGCAACGGAUCUUGACCGGGAAGAGGAAGAACAAGUCACCCAGCCAGAACCCCGAAAGCACAACCACAGCUUCGAUGAAACAAUAGACGACAACGAGAUACACGACAUUGAGCUGGAAAUCGUAUCGUCGCAGGCUUUCGAGAAGAACCCAAUGCAACCAAUUCUAACGCUGUUGUGGUCAAUAUCCAAAUCGCACAAGGGACUGGAAUUUGUGCAUCCGGGGACGUUGUCCACGUUGUUAAAGAUUUGCAAACUCACAAAAAAGCCACGUGGGCGAGCUUUCCAGAUCAUUGCCAACAUCAUCAAGCACGUGGAUCACUUCUUGCCGCUGCUGAAACAGGACUUUGUCUUUCGAUUACACGAGUGUAAGGUGCCGUACAGUUCCCACUCCAGGUGCUGGAGUUGCGAUGAGAUGAAAUCCGCCUGCAGCGAGCUGAUGACUCUUUUCGGAAAUAUUGGGGAAACAGGCUACGGUCAAGGAGAAAUUGCCCACAUUCUCCGAACUGGAGAGCGUACCUUGCAACUGCAGGUAUCCAUCAUCGUUAUGUACGUCGUUCGUGAUAUUAAACUGCUUCACAAGCUGCUGUACGAUAUGAAAAUUUUGAAAACUGUGAUGAACAUUAUCCUCAAUGAAAACGACGACGAAGAGGAGGAGGUGUAUGAACAACGACUGAGUGUAGCCGCCUGCUCUGGAUUGACCACGCUGGCUCAGAAUUUAUGCAUCUGCGGCGAAGAAGAAGAUACAGGAACACCCAGUGAAAUGUUGGAGGCCAAGGAGUUUGACAACACACUGACGAUUUGCAAUGAGAGCAACAGCAGUGAGGAGAAGGUUACCUUCAAGGUGACAAACGCCAGUGGAGUGAUUGAUAGUGUGCGAGUUAGCAAGAACUUGUUGAUUCAGGGAAGCGACGUAUUUCAGCGGAUGUUCGAUGGCGAUCAUUUCAUAGAGUCCAAGAACAAUGAAGUGUUUCUGAAAGAGAAUAUAAGCGUGGAUGGGUUAAAGUACUUCUUCUACCUGAUCAAACUGCAAACCAUGAACAAACUAACAGGGAUGGCACCACCUCCGAAGGUCAUUGAAGCUAGUUUAGAUGCACUGAGUCUAUCGCAAAAAUAUCUACUGCCAGGAGUGGAACGAUCGGUUCAGAAUAUAGUUAAAACAUUGCUCAAUGAUGAUUGCGUGCUAAACGUUUUCGAAUGGUCACUGAGAAACUACAACCAAGAACUUUUGGUCGCAUCAACUUACUACUUCCUAUACUCAGACAUUAGCGGAGCGGCCAAAUGCAAACUAUUCCGAGCCGCGAAUAAAUCAGUCUACCGAAAAGAGUGGCGACGGCUGAUGCACGAGACCAUCCUGUGUCGAGUACUACCCAACGUAGAAUAACCGAAUCCCGAAUGGUGAGUCUUUUGAAGUUACAAGUAGUUCUGCGCAGUACGACAAAUUGUGAUAGAUUCAAAUGCUUUUCGGAUUUCUAUUUCGCAGCGCAGUAGUUGACACAAGUCGCAGUACAGUUUUAGAUCUACUUUUACAGGUUAGUCAUCACUGUUUAUUUGUAAAACGACAUAUUUAUUUGCAUUGUGUCCGUUAGGAAUAGUUAAUCCCCUUUGAGAUGUAUAUUUUACACAUUCCAACCCCCAUUAUAAAGCUUUAUGUAAAUUAUCGUU